CUCCUCCAGGAUACGGUGCCAGUCAUAGUGGACUACUGCCUUCUGCUUCAGCGAAAGGAUCUUUUAUUUAGCCAAAUGUAUGACAAAUUAAGUGAAAACUCAGUGGCAAAAGGAGUGUUCUUGGAGUGCCUCGAGCCCUACAUUUUAAGCGACAGAUUGGUGGGGAUUACACCCCAGGUCAUGAAAGACUUGAUUGUUCAUUUCCAAGACAAAAAGCUAAUGGAAAAUGUGGAAGCCCUCAUUGUACACAUGGACAUCACCAGCCUAGACAUUCAGCAGGUGGUUCUCAUGUGUUGGGAGAAUCGUCUGUAUGAUGCCAUGAUCUAUGUCUACAACAGAGGCAUGAAUGAGUUCAUUAGCCCAAUGGAGAAACUUUUCAAAGUUAUUGCCCCUCCUCUGAAUGCAGGAAAAGCUCUUACAGAUGAGCAAGUUGUUAUGGGUAACAAGCUCCUGGUGUACAUCAGCUGUUGCCUGGCAGGUCGUGCCUACCCCCUCGGUGACAUCCCUGAAGAUCUUGUUCCCUUGGUGAAAAACCAGGUGUUUGAGUUUCUGAUUCGUCUGCAUUCCGUAGACGCGUCCUCCGAGGAAGAAGUCUAUCCUUAUGUUCGGACUUUGCUACAUUUUGACACAAGAGAAUUUCUGAAUGUAUUGGCACUGACCUUUGAAGAUUUUAAAAAUGACAAGCAAGCUGUGGAAUACCAACAACGCAUUGUGGAUAUUUUACUGAAAGUUAUGGUGGAGAAUUCAGACUUUACCCCAUCACAAGUGGGGUGUCUCUUUACAUUCCUCGCUCGGCAGCUUGCGAAGCCUGACAAUACCUUGUUUGUGAACAGAACUCUCUUUGAUCAAGUCCUCGGCUUCCUCUGCAGCCCUGACGAUGAUUCCCGCCACUCUGAGAGGCAGCAGAAAGCAAUGGAUCAUAUGGAGGAACUUGUGUCCCUGAAGCCCUGUAAAGCUGCUGAGCUGGUUGCUACUCACUUUUCUGGACAGAUUGAAAUAGUCAUUGGACAGCUUCAGAACCAGGUUUUGCUUUUCAAAUUUUUGAGGAGUCUUCUUGACCCAAGGGAGGGCGUUCAUGUCAAUCAGGAACUGCUGCAGAUACUGCCUUGUGUUACAGAGCGGUUCAUUGAGCUGCUCUGUCAGUUCAGUCCGGACCAAGUCAUAGAGACGCUGCAAGUCCUUGAGUGCUACCGUCUGGAGGAAACCAUUCAGAUCACACAAAAGUAUCAGCUCCAUGAAGUCACUGCAUAUCUGUUGGAGAAGAAAGGGGAUGUUCACGGUGCCUUCCUCCUGCUGCUGGAGAGACUGCAGAGCAGACUGCAAGAGAUAACACAGCAGGGGGGAAAUACCAAGGAGGCUUUUCCACUGAAGGGUGUUGAAGAUACCAUGGUAGAGACAAUUGCUCUUUGCCAGAGAAAUUCGCAGAAUUUGAAUCAGCAGCAACGAGAGGCACUAUGGUUUCCACUGUUGGAGGCAAUGAUGGCGCCACAGAAGCUCUCCGGCUCAGCUGCUCCUCAUCUGCACUGCGAAGCUCUGAAAUCUUUGACCAUGCAAGUUCUGAACAGUAUGGCGGCGUUCAUCGCCCUGCCGUCCAUCUUACAGAGAAUCCUGCAGGACCCAAUUUAUGGAAAAGGAAAACUUGGAGAAAUCCAGGGCCUUAUUCUGGGGAUGUUGGACACCUUUAACUAUGAGCAAACCUUGCUGGAAACCACGACCAGCCUUCUGAACCAAGACCUCCAUUGGUCACUGUGUAACCUCAGGGCUUCAGUCUCCAGAGGACUCAAUCCCAAACAGGACUACUGUUCUAUAUGUUUACAGCAGUACAAGAGACGCCAAGAAAUGGCUGAUGAAAUCAUUGUCUUCAGCUGUGGCCAUUUGUAUCAUUCAUUCUGUCUACAAAGCAAGGAAUGCACCCUGGAAAUUGAGGGCCAGACCAGAUGGACGUGUUACAAAUGCAGCUCAAGUAAUAGAGCGGGCAAAGUCAGUGAAAAUCCUUCUGAGAAUAAGAAAGGCCGGCUAACCUCCUCACAGGUGAAAACGUCGCCAUCAUAUCAUCAGUCGAAAGGGGAGCCUCCUGCCAGGAAGGCAAACUCCGAGCCAGCUCUGGAUCCACAGCAGAUGCAAGCCUUUGAUCAGCUCUGCCGCCUCUACCGAGGAAGUUCUCGGCUGGCCCUCCUGACGGAACUCUCCCAGAACCGCAGCGGCGACAGCUGUAGGCCGUUUGCGGGCUCCCAGAGCGGCCCUGCUUUCAACAGUGUCUUCCAGAACGAGAACUUCCAGCUGCAGCUCGCACCUCCGCCUGUGGCUGAAGACUGAGGCCUCCCUGGAAGAGCCCCGCACGCACUCCAUGGGGCAGGAGGGGCCUCCUGGACCGCCUCUGCCUCUGCCUCCCACACCCCUGCACAGAGGCCCUGAGGAGGGCCCUUGUACCCACCCUCCCAUCUCAGUGUGGUCUCCCUGUGGUAACAUCAGUCCAGCAGACGGGCCAGUUUCAUUUUGCUCGGAAUUCUGCCCAGCCCUUUAGAAAAUAACAUUUACCCAAUGGCAUUCCAUGUAAGUAACAUGGGAGUCGGGAGGGAGGGCACAUUGGCUGUGGAAAGCAAAGCUUGGCCUGGAAAGAGCAGCAGUUUGGGAACCAGCCAGGCCUGUUGAUGUUUGUGAAACCCCUGUGAGCAGGAGACCUGCCCUUCUAAACAAUAAACGUCUCAGUGUUUGAGUCCCACGUGCC